AGAACAAAUGCACACCCCAUGAAAUGCAUUUUAAAGGGGAAAACAGAUAUUCAUAACAACGUUUCAUCCAAAAAAUGGAAAACACUACCUGUAGACAGGAUGAUUUCUGCAUAAAAAUACAGCACAGUUAGUAUGAAUUCAAACAUUCUCUCACGAAGACGUAUAAAUUCCAACCGCUGGGGGCAUUGCCGUAGCGUUGCCAAGGCGACCGUCGUCGGCGUCGAAUGUUCACAACAAAAAACUCUGCUGCAUAAUUUCGAGGCGCGUCUCCCCCCUUCCCACAACUUCAAAAGCUCAUUUUCAACCCUUUGAAAUCAUGUCAGAAGAGGCAAAGCUCCAAGACUCCAUAAAGAAGACCCAGGAUCUCCUCAGUAAAUACGUGAAGAAGCCUCCGCUGACGGAGAAGCUCCUGAGGAAGCCUCCCUUCCGCUUCCUCCACGACACAAUCAACGCAGUCAUCAAGGAGACAGGCUUCCUGAAAGGUCUCUUCACCGACGAGGAGCUCAUCUCCUCCAACAUCACCGAUAAGGACGGCAAACUCGCCUACCUGACGAAGCUCAUCGACGCGAUGAAGCUGAUCACUGGGCAGGAGCUGUCAGUCCGUCCCUCAAAGAUAGUGUCAGGUCAGGAGCCCCUAAAAACAAAUGAGCUCCUCCAGGCAAUUGCAAAGUCUCUCGACAAGAAGAUCUCGAGUUCGGAAGCGAUCGAGCACUACAAGAAGUCCCUCGAGAAGAGAGAGCGACAGAAAUCCAAGAAAUCAGAGGAAAAGCCCAGGAAAACAUCCUCUGAAGAGAAACUGCGCAAGUUCAGAGAAGCCGAGGAGAAGAGGAAGUCGGCGGCUUCGGAGGAGAAACCGAGGCGAGAGCCCUCCGAGGAGAAAAACCGCAAGUCGACGAAGAAGUCGACUCCCUCGGAGCGGACAAGAUCGAAGGACAGGGAGAGAAAGGAGAAGGAGGAGAAGGAGGAUGCGAGGAGAAGGAAGAAGCCUCGAGAGGAGAGUGUGGACCGCAAGUCCCACAAACAGAGGGAUUCGGAUCCCUCGAGGAAGUCGAAGCGUUCGUCCCCGCCGAAGAAAGCGCCCGAGAAGGCGCCAGAACCGAAGAAUGAGGAGGAGCUGCAGUCGAUGGAGCCCUCCAAGGACUCGACAGAGUCGAUUCACGAGGAGAGGCCUCAGGGAGAGGAGGUGGCCGUCCCGCCCCAGGUGCUACCACCCCCGGAGGAUCCAGUGAUCCAUCAGCAUCAGCAGGGAGCUGAAGAGCCUUCGGCGGAAACUGUUGCGCAGCCGCUGAAGACUUCGGAAGCUCCUGCUGGAGAUGUUCCGGCGAAGAGGAAUCUCCUUCGUCCCCCCAGUGCUCGACCUCCUUCAGCUCGUCCUGGAGCACCGAAACUCAAGGGAAAAGGUGAAUUCCUGGUGAACACUAAUGGGCUGACACAGAUGGGUGAUGUUCACGUUAUUGUCGAGAACUUUGAUACCAGAGAGGAUGAUGUGGAGGGCAUGGUGGUGGUGGAGAGUUCGGGAAAUGAAGAGAACCUCGGUGGGAAUUCGGAUCUACUGAACAAGGAGUUGACGAAGGAGCAUGGGUAUCUGGUGGCGCAGAUCCUGGAGACCCAGAGGGAACUUGUCAACGAGGGAAAUGUGGAGAUAAUUCCUAAUAAGGUGGAGAUCGAGUGGGAGGCGGGAAUGAGGAAGGACAAGGAAGCUGUUGUCAAGGAAGUGGAUAAACUUAGGGGGACUAUUCAGAGUCUCACGAGGACCACUAAUCCUCUUGGAAAACUCAUGGAUUUCCUUCAGGAAGACGCGGAGAUCAUGGAGAAGGAGUUGUGGGAGUGGAGGAGUCAGUUCAGUGAUCUCAGGGAGCAGCUGGUGGUCGAGAGGAAUAUGAUGAAGGAGUCGAUUAAACCGUUGGAGGAGAGCCUCAAGGAGAUCGAGGGGACCAUUGGCGGACAGAUGGAGAAGAUCUUUCAGACGAAGGCGAAUAUCAUGAGGAAUAAUCAGAGGAUUCAGAAGUUGUUGAGUGGACGAUGACUUUGAGGGGACAAUCGGGGAGAUUAUUCAACUGGAAGUUCGAUAAUUUUAAUAUGGAUUAUGUUGGUUGAAAAACUACUCUUGUUUUUUUCGGUGAAAAUAACUACA